AGAUCCGAAGAGGAAGAGAAGAAGAAAGCGAAAUCGAAGUUCUGAUGAAGUCUCUAUUGAUGAGAACUGGUUCGAUGCCGGUUCUUCAAAACCGGUUUAAUUCAGGUGGUUCGUCGCGGAAGAUGGUGAAGACAACACCUAUCAUCUCCAGGAACAACUCCGUCGAGUCAUUAUCCAGCUACGGCGAGAGAUUCGCUGCCGUAGGAGGGAAGAUCUCCAUCGAGGUUAAGGCUAACGUCGGGAUUCGGAGGGUGUUAUCGGAGAGCGAUGUGAUUAGAUCCGAGAGAAUGCUGAAGAGUGUUGGAUCUAAGCCUUCGCCGGCGAAAAUCCCGGAGGGUGAUGAAGCGGAGGAGGAUGAAAUUAGGUUUGGAGAUGGUUGGGGUUCGUUGAUCUCAGGUGGUUUACUUGUAGAGGAGGAAGGAUUCUCCGGUGGCGAUGGUGGUGGUGGAUCUGGUUAUAACGGCGGUUAUGGAAACGGCGGAGGAGGCGGUUAUGAAGAUAGGAGCAAGAUCGGUGAUUAUUAUCGAGAGAUGUUGAAAUCGAAUCCUAAUAAUUCGCUUCUUCUGAUGAAUUACGGCAAGUAUUUGUAUGAGGUGGAGAAAGAUGCAGAGAGAGCUCAGGAGUACUAUGGAAGAGCAAUACUGGAGAAUCCAGGUGAUGGAGAGGCCUUGUCUAUGUAUGGUAAAUUGAUAUGGGAAACGAAGAGAGAUGAGAAGAGAGCUCAAGGUUACUUUGAUCAAGCUGUUAAUGCUUCUCCUGAUGAUUGUAUGGUUUUGGGUUCGUAUGCACAUUUCAUGUGGGAGACAGAGGAUGAUGAGGAUGAAGAAGAGGAAGAACUGAUGGCUGCAUCACCAGCUAUGGUUUCUGCAGUUUAGAAAGGAACACAGAGACUAGCACAAACAAGAGGAUGAAGAUGAUGAUGAUGGAGAAGAAGAAGAGUAAUGGAAUCUUAAAAUUAUGUAUCAAGUAUCAGAACCUUUAGUGUAUUUCACUGUCUUUUACUAACUUUUUUGUUGGUUUAACUUAUGUUGUAAUAACCUGAAGAGUAAUAAAUAUGUAUGUGAAGGAAAAAACCAAUGUAAUAUAACUAUUAUAGAGAAUAAAAGGGCCUUUUGUAUA